UGGGAUGCCCUCACCUCCCGACUCGUCUGCCUUCCAAAGAAGGUGGCACUGACCACUGUCUGUCCUCUCCUCUGCCCAGGUGAGCGCCCCUUUGCCUGCGACUGGCCCAGCUGUGACAAGAAGUUUGCGCGCUCUGACGAGCUGGCCCGCCACCACCGGACCCACACGGGGGAAAAGCGCUUCCACUGCCCGCUCUGCUCCAAGCGUUUCACCCGCAGCGACCACCUGACCAAGCAUGCCCGCCGCCACCCCGACUUCCGUCCAGAACUGCUCCGGCGCCCCGGGGCCCGCAGCACCUCGCCCAGCAACUCACUGCCCUGCAGCCUGGCGGGCAGCCCUGUGGCCAGCCCCUCAGCCAGCCCCGGCCCCGGCCCUGCCGGCCUGUAGGGCGCCCGGCCCUUUGGAAUGGAGCACCAGCAGCACCCAUGGGAGCAGGGGGGUGGACAGGGAGCCCAGCCCCUGCCAGCCUUCUCCUGUGGACCCUGGGCAUGCCCUCCAGAAAGUAGGGCUGGGCCGAGACCGGUCGGGGGGUCUCGGUGGAUGGCUGGGGCCUGCGUGUGUAAAUAGCCACGAUUGUUAACUCUCCUUGUAUCUGUUAAACAGGGACCCCAGGUGGGUGGCCAGCAGGCCAUGCCGGGUCCGUCCCACCACCUCCCUGCUUCCCCUGGGGGCGGGCUUCCCAGGAGAGGAGCCCCCUGCCCAGGGCUCGGACUCCGCCCCCCAGGCCGUCCCCUUCCAGUUUGGGGUGAACUGUGCAAAGAGCCAUAGAUGAACCAGGGGUCACUGGGGGCCCCACUGGCCCCCGGGGCCCCAACCCCACCGAAAGCCAUUGGGAACGUUCAGGGAAAUGGGGCGGGUACUCAAUCUCAGGUGUCCCAGGUUCUGCCCCCUGCCCCCAGAAGGGGCCGCCCUGCGGACCCAGACA